AUGUGUGCUCCAGCUGCCAAUCAGAGGGAGGCUGCUCGACAUUCCCGGAUACUAAGGGUUGAGGCCAUUGAGUGGAUGGUGGACUAUCUGGGCAUGGACCCAAACAUGGCGGAUUACGAGUGCAGGGCAACGAAUGGGGCCCAUAUCAGGCACUGCACUCUUUAUGGACAAAAGUGCAACUUACAUCGACAUGACGUAUCUCUGGUACUUUAUCAAUCUGACUAUAGUGGACCAGUGGAACUGGGGGCAGCUAUUAUGGGCUGGAUCAUCUCAUACUUUCGCGGCAUCCACGACUUCGCCAUUGAUCCUGCGUACGAUGAGGGCAUGCCUAGGACCGCACGAUACGUCCUCCAGAGGGGGAAAAACGCAGUGGGUCCAUAUCGUGUGUACCAAGACCGCACUGUGCACGAUGACAUCCGUUGGACGCCCUUCACUGAUUACCGUCAUGUUGUCCCAUUCGACCGCAUCGCAUUAUACUUUGGAUGGUUGGCGUGUGGGACUAACACCAUGGUCAGGUACAUGCCGAAGCGGUGCAUGAGGCAGUUUGCACGUGUGCAUAUGAUAUCGAGGUCUCCGUUUGAGGCUGCUCCCGACACCGUUACCCAAGUGGGCCUCACUGCUAUAUUUGAGGAUUGGGCGCAUCAUUUGGUGCCUGAGGAGUAUCGGCGUAUGGUGGCCUCCCAGGAGUGGCACUGUGUGGAGGGGAAACGACGUGGAAUUUCUCUCUGUUAG